AUGUACAGCACCGCAUCCAGAGUGCUGAUGGGCCGCGCCGCCCUAGCCGGCCGCGGCUUCCACACCAGCGCACGCCGCAUGGCCGACGCCGCUCCUCUCGUCGCCAAGAAGCCCAUGGGCGCAUUCCGAGGCGGCCUCUUUGGCUUCCUCCUCGGAUGCACCGUUGCCGGCAGCAGCGUCUACACCUACCUCGUGCAAGAGUACAAGACCUCCAACGACCUGCUCAGCGAGGACAUUUAUACACUUCAAGCUUCCGUCACCCGAUUGACCAACUACGUCAAGAAUCUUGAGCAAAUAGCACAGGAAAAGAAGAAAUAA